CCCAGUAUGACCGCGUAUACUAAUUUUAUCGUAAUUAAACAAUAAGUGGUAAAGAAUAUAAAUACUUUGCGCAAGUAAAUAACUUUCGUUUUAUAUUCCAGUAUAAAUAUCAAGAAUGCCAGGCCCAGGAAAACAUUACCGCGGCAAUCGGAAAGGUUCCAAUCAAACCCACACAUUAGCAUCUGUGGCGCGAGAGACGGCUACUUCUCUACCGGCAGACAGCCCUGUGCUUGCGAUAUUCAAAGAUGCUGCUCGCAAAUUGAAUGAACGCCAAGACAGACAUGAGCGGCUCGUCAAACUCUCACGUGACGUGACCAUUGAAAGCAAAAGAAUUAUUUUCUUAUUGCAUUCUCCUAUAACAAAAGAGUCAACUGAAAAUACCCUGACUGAAGCUAAGGAUCGGAUGCAAAAACUGAUCAAUGGUCCUAUCAAAAGUAUUGGUUUGGAAUUGGAGUACAGUCCAGCUCACUUACAUGCCAGGGCUGUUACUGCCGGCUUCCAGGAGUUCAUAGAAGCAAGAACUCUGCUGUCUCUUAUGGCUGACAAAAGGAUCAUUACUUACCCAGAAGUGCAGAAGGAAUUGGAGUUUCAAAUCACAGAUGAUGACUCCCAGAGAACUCUAGUGACUAUGUUACCUGAGACUGACUACAUGCUAGGUCUUGCUGAUCUGACUGGAGAGCUGAUGAGGAAGGCCAUCAACAGCAUAUCAAGCGGAGACAGUGAGGAGUGCUACCAAGCCUGUCAAGUUGUCAGGCAUUUGUAUACUGGAUACUUAGGCAUAACUGGCACUCGUCUCUUAGUCCGUAAGAUGCCGACAACUCGCGCCAACGUCAACAAAGUUGAGAUGGCGGUGUACGCCCUCAAAGUGCGCGGCGGAGAGACACCGGCACCGCUACUCCUGCCUGCCGCACCUGCAGAGUGGGAACCACCUAUCAACAAUUUGUCCGACGAUGAAGGAUACUAUUAGACUUUGGCAAACCUUGUCUAUGGAC